AUGGGCAAGUUCACAAAACCCCGCAAAGUAGUGCUGGUCCUGGCUGGAUGCCAGGGAUACACGGCCGUCAUCAUGAAGAACGUUGAUGAUGGCACUUCAGACCGCCUUUACAGCCAUGCCCUCAUGGCUGAAGUUGACCGCUAUCCCCAAAAAGUCAUAGCUGCCAUGGGCAAGAAGAAAAUCACCAAGAGACCCAUGAUCAAGUCCUUUGUCAAAGUUUAUAACUACAACCACCUCAUGACCACAGGGCACUCUGUGGAUAUACCCUUGGACAAAACUGUUGUCAACAAGGAUGUGUUCAGAGACCCAGCUUUGAAACACAAGCUUGGCCAGGUGGGAAAGAACAAAUGGGUUUUCCAGAAGCUUCGAUUUUAG